CAUGCUUGCCACCUGUCACGGGACCUGUCAUAUGAUUCUGACAUUUUCCUGGUGUGGUUAGUGUGUCAUAUGAUUUAAGUUUGAAAAAAUCGCCCGUUUUGCGAUAAAUCUGUCGAAAAAUGAUCACUCCGUUAGUUUGUGUGGCAUUUUUGGCCGCUUCUGUUUCCGCAAAUGGUGAAUUAACGAUUCUUCACCACCCUUCAAGUCUCCUCUUCAAAGGGCACGACCACGUCAGAGAGAGCAUUUUAAAGGAGGUUUACUCUAGUGCAUUGGGAUUUUCAACUGAGCAGUACUCAAACUGGGAUGGUUUAUUCAUCGAAGAUCCUUUCAAUUUGGCCAAAGCUGUUGUGACCGUCAGUGUCGACGGUAUAACAGACAUAGGCAAUGGCAAAGGGCACAAUUUCCCCCUCAAAACGAACGUCGACGAGUUUGAAGUCUUCUCAGCCUUGGAAAAGAGAGUUUUGGAGAGGUAUCCUGAAACUGAGGGCCACCUAAUUAGGAUUAGUGCCGGGGAUGGUCUCCAUCAAAUCCACAAGCAUAAAAUUUUCAAAAAUCUCGAACUCAACAAGUCGAAGAAAAUCCACAAUUAUCUCAAAUCAAGUGUGGAGGAGGACCAAGCGUUUUUGAACGAAAUGAGAGUCUUGAACAGUAUCGCAGACGAAGUUGACAACACUGGAAUUAAGCAAGAUGGCACCCCUGAUGUGUUUUGGUUUAAAAUUGAAAGUUUGCACCCUUUGAUUGACUUGUACGGCGAGAAUUCAACCAAAGUUAAAGAAGCCAAACAACUGUUAAAUGAUGCAAUCCUUCAUUUAAAUUCUGUUUUUACUAAAGUCUACAAGGACAAAGUUUUGGUCAGUGUUAUAACAAGUGAUGUUGUGCACACUAGACGUGCUAGAAACAUUUUGCAAGAGAAUAAACCCGACACUAAGGACACUGAAACGCUCAAAGUCAACCCUGCCAAGUUUUACAGUAAGGAUUAUCCCGUUAUUUUUAAUAUUAUUCUGUGGUUUGGGGUCGCAAUGACGUUUACUUUACUUGCUAUUUGCAUUGCAAUUGCUCAAAUGGAUCCUGGAAGAGACUCAAUUAUUUACAGGAUGACGAGCACUCGUCUCAAGAAGGAUAAUUGAAUGUGUGGAGAAUUCAUAGUAUUAUUGUGUGUAAAUUCCUGUUAAAUUUUCUGUAAAUUGUAGUUUAGGUGGUAACUUAUGUAAUCCUGUGAUCUUAAGUUAGAGCACAAUAAAGUACUUGGUCACAAAUAAACGACAAAUCUUAACAAUAA